UUGUGCGUGGCGGGAGCGCGCGCUGGAAGGUGUAAGUGGGUUGAGGAGGAGCGACGAUAACUGCGAAGUGAGCGGACGGCUGCGGAGGAUUUAUCGGUGUCGUUACUAGUAUGGAGGCCGGGAGAGUCGGGUCUGCAAAAAUAUGCGUCAUUUUCACACUGUUUUGGAGUUAAUGAACUGGAAAUACGGGUAAAAUCGCCAAUUGUCUCUCAGAACAGAAGAAUUAGAUUCGCUACCAAAGAAAAUUUAUGGGUCAUUGCGCUUAGGUCCUCAUCUCCAUUUUCUGUGAUUUUGUGAAAUGCCGCCAUUGAAGAACAUGCCACUGGUAGAACGUGUUCUAGCCACUUUGGUCGGAUGUAUUGUAUUAGCAGUUCACAUUCAAGGUCAACACUUUGACAUCUUGCCACACAGAACUGGAAUGAAAUCUAACUCUGACCCUAAGAAGCAAGAAAAUGGGGUAACAUUGGCUCCCGAGGACACGUUACCCUUCUUAAACUGUUAUUGUUAUGGGUAUUGCCCAGAAGAUGCCACAAAUAAUACAUGCAUUACAAAUGGACAUUGCUUUGCUAUUAUUGAAGAAGAUGAGCAUGGGGAAAUUACACUUACAUCUGGCUGCAUGAAGCUGGAAGGCUCGGAUUUUCAGUGCAAGGAUUCUCCCAAAGCCCAGAUACGAAGGACAAUUGAGUGCUGUCGGACUGACUUUUGCAAUAAAGAUUUGCAACCCACACUACCACCGGAUGGGAGACCAGAAGGAAUAUUUGGCAGAAGUGUCCACGUCAUAGCGCUGAUUAUAUCCAUUGUGGUCUGCUUAUUAAUCAUGGUGGUCUUCAUCUUCAUUACCUGCAUGUACAAGCACAAGCUGGCAACCCAGAGAAUGCUGUACAAUAGAGACCUGGAACAAGAUGAUGCUUUUAUACCAACUGGAGAGUCACUAAAGGCUCUCAUUGACCUGUCCCAAAGUUCUGGCAGUGGAUCUGGGCUUCCCCUCUUGGUCCAGAGAACAAUUGCAAAGCAGAUCCAAAUGGUGAGGCAGAUAGGAAAGGGACGAUAUGGAGAGGUUUGGAUGGGAAAGUGGAGAGGAGAAAAAGUGGCCGUGAAAGUCUUCUUCACUGCUGAGGAAGCCAGCUGGUUCAGAGAGACUGAAAUCUACCAGACUGUGCUGAUGAGACAUGAGAAUAUAUUAGGUUUCAUAGCUGCAGAUAUUAAAGGGACUGGAUCGUGGACACAAAUGUAUUUAAUAACAGAAUAUCACGAGAAUGGGUCUCUCUACGACUUUCUCAAGUGUGCCACCUUGGAUACAAGAUCUCUUCUUAAAUUGGCUUUUUCUGCUGCCUGUGGUCUCUGCCACCUGCACACUGAAAUUUACGGUACUCAGGGAAAGCCAGCAAUCGCACACAGGGAUCUGAAGAGCAAAAACAUCCUGAUCAAGGAAAACUGGACAUGUUGCAUUGCUGACCUGGGACUUGCAGUGAAAUUUAACAGUGACACACAUGAAGUAGAUAUUCCCCUGAACACUCGUGUCGGCACAAAACGGUACAUGGCACCUGAGGUCCUGGAUGAAAGUCUGAAUAAGAACCAUUUCCAGGCUUACAUUAUGGCUGACAUCUACAGCUUUAGCCUAAUCAUUUGGGAAAUGACCCGUCGCUGCAUCACUGGUGGUAUUGUUGAAGAAUAUCAGUUGCCAUAUUAUGAUAUGGUGCCAAGUGACCCAUCCUUUGAGGACAUGAGAGAAGUUGUGUGCAUUAAGUGCCUACGGCCCACUGUGUCAAAUAGGUGGAACAGUGAUGAGUGCUUGCGGGCAAUUUUGAAGCUAAUGGCUGAGUGUUGGGCCCAAAAUCCAGCUUCCCGUCUGACAGCUCUAAGGAUCAAAAAGACACUUGCAAAAAUGGUGGAGUCACAAGAUGUCAAGAUUUGACAGUGGAAAUAUCCGGCUUCAAAAAAGGGACUCUAGACAGAGGAAGCAAAGUGCAAGAAGAGGCAACUGAAGAUUCAACGGCCUCCCGUAUUCAUUUUGCAGGCUGCUAUCUAAAGACAUAACUCAGUACUAUGUAGAAUAUUGUGCCGGGAGCGUCUCCUCACCGCUGGGAGCCGCUGUGUGCGUCAGAACAGAAUAUUUUUGUUUUUAUAUUUUAUCAAGACUUUUAUGACAGACUUCAAAGUUCCAGUUUUAUGAUUACUGAAUUGCAUGUUCAAGCUAUAUUGCUUUCUAUGAAAGCAAGUUAUUUUAAGAUUUUGCUUACGCACCCUUGUGGAGAAGAAACAUGUCAGCGUUGCCUUUUUACUAUAUGUACCUAAAGCAAGGUUUUUUGUGUGCCACCAGUUAUUGUUUGCCAUAUUUUUUUU